AUGCCUGAUGCUGAGGUGGACGAUGACAUGGGGCAGGUGGAGCAUUGCCCGGUGUCGUCCUGCCACGCUAGCCGGGCUGACCUUCAUGCAGGUUGCCAAAGCCUUGGCUCCCUUCGAGUGCAUGUGGAUGCCCAUCUUCUGGGGGCCCUGCCGGGCAUGCCACCCCAGGAGUGGCUGCAGCGUCACAACGUGGCCAUCUGUCCGCACUGUGGCCGGUCUGUCAGUCGUCGCUGCAAUAAUGGUGUGCACCGCGUUUGCAUGGCCCAGCAGCUUCGCCGUGCAGGCCCCGCUGCUGCGCCUUUGGUGCUUGGAGGCAGCCCGGACGUGCCUCGCCUUCUCGGCGAGCUUCCGGACUGGGAUGAAAUCUGCCUUGCGCCGGUGGACACGCGGGACACCUUGGGGGCUGGGAUCUUGCCGAAGGCCAGCAAAGCCUUCCUUCAAUGUGUCGCUGGAGUCCUUCUGCGCCACCGUCCUGAUGCUUGGUCCGUGGUGCGUUCUGGGACCGACACGUUGGCGCAUCAACGGGCCCGCCUGGCUUGGACUGAGCUCUGGAUGUUCCCCAAGGCCUGUCUGGCGGUUCUUCCCGGCGGCGCCGCCAAGCAAAAGAGGAAUGGGAAUAUUUUGGCCAAUCGCCUGGAGCGAUGGCUCGCUGGGGAACGCCGCGCCCUUUGGGAUGAGGCGACUCGGGGGGGCCGGCCUGGACGUCGCCCUCGCCGUGGUGAUGCCGAGGAUGCCGAUGCCGCCGCGCAGCGUCUCCAGGGGCUCCCUGGGCAAGCGGUGCAACGCCUUUGGAGUGAAGGCCUUGCUCCAGACACCGCCCACACUGAGGGCAUUAUGCGCUCCAAGUUCCCUGCUGCGCCCGCUCAGCAGCACGCUUCUCGCCGACUGCCGGCGGCUGAUGCCAAUGAGCUCGGUGAAGAACAGGUGCUCGCUGCGCUUCGCAGCUUUAAGAAAGGGGUGGCUGCCGGACCCAGCGGGCUGCGCCCUGACUUUCUGCGGCAGCUCGCUUGUGAUGGGCCGGAUGCUCGUGCCUUCACGAUUGUGCUGACUGGUCUGGUGAAUUUGUUGGCUGGUGGGGGCGCGCCUGUGGAGCUCCAACCUUACCUUGCCGGUGCCAAAGGCACUGCCUUGAAGAAGACGACUAAGUUUGGCGAGCCGGACGCUCGCCCCAUUUCUUCGGGGGAGGCUCUACGCCGCUUGGUCGGGAAGGCGCUGCUGCGCACUGAGAUGGACACUUUGCGGGAACACUUGCUGCCUUGCCAGCUUGCCGUUGGUGUGCCAGCUGGGGCUGAGGUCAUGCCCCUCCUGGCGAGGCAGUGGUGGCGGCACUAUGAGCAGGACACCUCCCGUAUUCUCCUCACCUACGAUGAAGGCAAUGCUCACAAUGUGGUUGACAGACACGCGUUCCUUACUUGGAUGCGUGAGGUCUGCCCUGGCUUGAGCCGGUGGCUCGAAUAUAUAUACCCCACAGCUCAUCCCACCAAGGUCUUCUACAAUGGGCGCAUCCUGGAUUCUGCUGCUGGCGGGCAGCAGGGCUGCCCGCUGAUGAUGGCUUGCCAUGGUGUGGUGCAGCGGUUGCUGCUCGAAAGUAUCGGGGUCCUGCCAGUGCUUCCAGGAUCGGCGGUUUCGGUGCCCCUCCUGGAUCCACCCGCGCGCCUCGACAUGGCGCCCUGCUAUGCGGAUGAUGGCAUACUUGCUGGGCCCGCUGGGGAAGUUCUUCGCGCCCUGCGGCACAUGCAGCAGGUGAUGCCCUCUUUGGGCCUCACCUUCUCGUCUCUGGAAGUUGCGGCCCCCGCCGGGGCCAACCACACGGUUGACUGGGCCCCCUUCGUGGCUGCCGGAUGUUCCGUCAGCCCUUCCGGUGGGGCCGACAUCCUCAAAUGUCCACUUUGCCGGGGAGGCGUGGCCCACUUCGAUGAUGCUGUGCUUCGCUCCUUCGGCCGCAUUUCUGGCCUGGUUCUCUCUGACCAACAGCGCGCCCAAACCGCACUACCUCUUCGUCAUGGUGGUUGUGGACUUCGCUCUGCUGAAUCUGUGGCUGAUGCGGCCUACAUUGGUUCCCGGGCCCAGACCCACCAGCUGUGCCUUGACAAUUGGCCACUUUUCCAUUGGGAUGUAGCCCAUCCGGGCAGCCCCCUGGAUACUGCAAGUUGCCGGUUGAAUGCACACCUGCAGCGUGGUGGAAUUGCCACCUUGGUCAAUGUUGGGGAGCGUGACCGUGCCCUGACCCAGCGGAAGCUUAGCCGUUUGUGUGAAGCUGCAACCUUGGCCCUCUGGAAACAAGCCGCUCCCCCUGAUGACGUUUGUCGACUUCAUUCCUACUCUGCCCCUUUGGCGGGCCACCUCUUUGAGACAGACUAUUGUGAACGAGCUGGUAUGCGGCCUACAGCUGAGGCCCCUGGGGUCCUUCAGGAUCUUGCCAUCCCUGAAGGCCGUCGCCGGCCUGCUGACCUCCUGGUGUGCCAUGGGGCCGGCCUUGCCGACCGGCUGCCUGAUGGAAGCCAACCACACCAUUUGCCGCAGACAGCCUUGGACAUUGCCGUGAUCAACGCCACUGGGCCGUCCCAUUGGCCAAAGACCUUUGAGUCGCCUGGGGCUGCUUCGAGUGCCUACGCCGCCAGCAAACGUGCUCACCAACAGACAGCAGCCAAGUGUGCCGCGGCAGGCUUCUACCAGCCCCUAGUUUUUGAAGCCCAGGGAGGUCUCUGCAGUGAAACUGGCAGUGUGUUGCAUGCUCUUGCUCGUCGGGUUGGCGCCGCUGAGGAGUGCGACUCCGAGCUGGUGUUCGCCGACAUGGUUCGCAAGAUUGCCAUUGUUCUCUGCCGCGCUGCGGCCGGCUCCCUGCAGCGCCGGCGGCGGACCUGGUUCCGGUCUCCUGGCACACCGGCCUCGGCUGCUGCCGUGGCCGCUGUGGUGAGCUGA